GGCGGCGGCGGCUGUGACGACCACGUUGGCACCACUGGCGGUGCUGCCGCAGUCGCUCGCAACGGACGGACCGGCGUCAACACACAUACCGUCGGCGUGUCGCGUACGACGGCGAAAUCCUGCCUGACGAAGUCGGGCCCGUCGCCGAGGUACUCUCACCGGUGCGUCUCCCCCCCACCCGUUAUUUCCGCCGCCGAACCGAACUGCAGUCGCCCGCAGCGCCGUCGUUGGACGACGCCGCCGCCGCCGCAAGACGUGCCGGUACCGGUCGAAACGUGUAGUUUUCAGUAGUGCUGCCGUUACCGGUCGACCGGUUGUUGGUGCCGUCGCCGUCGUCUCUUCGUCCGCGACCCGCGUCCGUUUUCUCGUUCGUAACCGUCGCAUAUACGAAUCUUUAACGGUUCACGCGAGCGUUCCGCGUCGUCCCGUUGCAGCCGUACGGUACCGUACCGAUCGGGAACAGUGCCGUCGUCGCGUUAGUGCUGUACCGCGCCGUCGAGGCGACCGCAAUCAUGUGAUACCUGUAAUCCGGUGUCAAAACCGAGUGCUGCCCGGACGAACGGACCGGACCGCCGACGGAAAUCCCGCGGGAAGUCGCCGGACACGCGCGCGACGCCAACGCCAAGGUUGAGAAGUAGCAGAAGUAGCAGUCAUUUGUCGCGGCUGAUAUACUCCGCAUUCGCCCGAUCCGGUAUUAUAAAUGAUGUACGAUUAGACCGCGUUUAAUGUGUGACCGAUCCGGCGGACGAGCGCACGGUCUUGGCACGUCCGAGGGUCAAAUAUAAGAGAGAACGAUAUACCUAUAUAACGGUACGGUGAUCGAACCCCGCGGUCCGGCUGCCGGUUAAAACGAUGAUGGACGAGGAGAUCCAGGAGACGGUCGAGUCGAUCCUGGGCAAGGGCGUGGUGGUGGUGGACUGCGAGAAAAAGUCCAGCGUCAAGGAGGAGGAGGUGCUGCUGGUUAACGGGUGCCCGGUGUCGCUGGACGGUGACGACGGCGCGGCCAUCAAGCGGGCGAUGUUGCGCGGUGACGUGCCGGACUGCGAUCUGCUCAAUCAGAUACUGCUGCGUGCCGGCAUACUGCGCGCUCCCGUGCACCUGGAGACCAACCUGAGCGUCAAGUCGACGGUGGUGACGCGCGAGGAGGUGACCGUGGCCCGGGCCGGCCGCGUGGUGGACGAGCGGUCGCGCGAGACCAAAGAGGACAACUAUUACACGAGCGCCACGUCCGAGGUCUGGGAACCGGUGACCGUGGUCAACGAGCCUGCCGCCGCCGCGGCGUCCGCUACCCCCGCGCCGGCCGCGGCCACCGUCGGGCACGACGCCUCCGCGCCGUCCACGCCGCACCGCCGUCCGCCGGCCAACCCGGCCAGGUACAAGGAAACGGUGACCACGAGCAGCAAGCGCACCGAGGACGGCGUGGACUGCGGCGCUUCCCGGCCGGCCGACGAUUUCGCGCACACCGCGCACGUCACCGACGGCGACAGCCUGGCCAACGGUGUACGCGUGAUCAAGUUGAACGGUAUACACGAUCCCAGGGGCGACUACCGCAUGCCCGUCAUGGCGAAGCACGGUUCUCCGGCCGAUGACACGAUAUGUGUAAUGUGUACAGUGUUCGCAAGUUUUGGUAUCCAACGUUUUUCGUAUCCAAAGGCAUUCCAUUUCUUGAACGACAUCAUUGGUAUCAUUAUGAUAGUAGCAAUAAUUAAAAUACUAUUAAAAUCGAGUACUUGUACAAGUAUAUAUUAAAUAUGUAUAUAUGAACAUAUACUAGAACAUUUGCAAAAAUCUUAAGUUUUACCCACAAAGGCCUCUGUAGAUGCGUGAAAGUUUUCACCAUACUGUGAGCUUAAUUAUACAUAUUACAAUAGAGUUGUUUUUUUUUUUUUUUACAAGUGUUUGUAGUCUGUGCAGUUUGUGUACUUAGGAUCCUAACCACUGUCGUUACUGUAGGUUUUGCCUUGUAUCACAGUACAUUAUUAUAUUAUCGUUAAGUAGAGUUUAUUCAAUUUUUUUUGCAAUGAUUUCAUUAAAAAAAAAAAGAAGUUUUAUAACAAACGAGUUAAAACUUUCGUGAUUUUUUAAAACUGUUUGUAGUACG